UAUAGUAUAGUAUUUAAAAAACCCAUCAUUUCUUACUUCUUAGAAUAGAAUUAAUAUAAAUUUCUCAUCCCACAACCUUUAUUGUCUUAUUCAAUUCUCGAGUGUUUUACCGCUUCUCCAAGAAUGGACAGAAAUCACCUACUACGCCAAGUUGCCUACAUGAAGAACUCCCUCUUUGAUCAGGGGUACCUUGAUAGAGAGCAAUUCACUCAGCUGGAGGAAUUGCAAGAUGAUGCAAACCCUAAUUUUGUAGAGGAAAUUGUUACGUUGUACUACAAUGAUUCUGCAAGAUUGAUCCAGAAUAUGGAACAGACUUUGGUCAAUAGGCCUAUAGAUUUUGUGAGAUUGGAAGAAAUAUUGCAUCAGUUCAAGGGUAGCAGCUCCAGCAUUGGAGCUAAAAAGGUGAAUGAUGCGUGCACACAAUUAAAAGAAUACUGCAGUGCCGAAAAUACCGAAGGUUGCAGUAGGACUCUUCAACUAGUCAAGCAAGAACAUGCAGUUUUGAGGACGCGGCUCGAAACUUAUUUCCAGAUGGUGAGAGAAGCUGGGUAAGCUGAGAGUGCAUAAUCAGUUUGCACGCAAUAUACUGAUAUUUUGAAGAACCUAUCUGCAGAUAAGUCAUAUAUCUGUACUAGCUAGUUACUCCUAAGCUCGCUGUAGUUGAGCAGAAAAGAGUAAAACUUCACGGAAUUGUGUUUUAAAUAUAUGUGCUGUAUAAGUUUAAGUUUAUGAUCUAGUUAAUUAGUUGUAUACGUCUUGGUUAUUACUUAUAAUAAUAAUAAUAAU